UCACUGGUCUGUUUUUGUCAGUGUAAUAGGUUAUGUUUCUUCCCUCAAAAUGGUUAAUUCCGAUGAAUCGUCAAAUGAGCCGAUACUUUACGAAUUGCUAGAAUAUUUUGUUCGGAAGCAAGACCCAGAACUAAUAAAAUGUAGAAAUGACGCUAUAAUAUUACCGACGACUGGAACAAUUAAAAAUGCACUUAGGUAUCUCAAUAACAGGUACUCCUUACCAGAGAGUAUAUCGCAACAAAUCAGUCUUACAUUGCCAUGGAAAAUUGCAAUUGGAGAUCAUGGACGUUUACUGGCUGUUUUACAAGAAAAUGUUAUAGAAAUUCGAAAAGCAAAAGAUGAGUAUUCAUCAGUUGUUGGGAAAGCUUCUGUUCCAAAGGAUGCUUUUCCACAUUGGCGUAAACUCUCUUGGAGUCCAGAUGGAACAAUUUUUGUGCUAGCAUCUAGCAAUGGCUACACAUCUUUCUACAAUGCACUUGGAAAUAACAUUUUUAACAUCAGCCCAAAGACUAUUUCUCAAAAUCCUCAUAUUUUAGAAGCUGGUGAUGCAAUAGCAUCCAUGAUAUUUCUUAAGCCAAGAAUAAAGUCAGAGAAGUGGUCCUAUGAAUUUCUAUUAAUCACAUAUAGUGGUCUGCUCAAAUCUUAUCAUAUCUCAGUGAACAAUGGAUAUGAAGCAAAUUAUGAAUUUUCAUUUGGCAACUUUUAUAAAAAUGGUGUUAAUGCUGUUACUUAUGAUGAAAAGCAUUCUUUAUUUUAUGUUGCUGGAAACACAAUAACCCAAAAAUUAACGUCAACAGCUUCUGAAAGUGGUUUAACUUCAUGGCGACCUCUGAACGAUUAUCCGUAUUGCAAAUUGUCAUUUGCCUUUGAUGAUAAUUCACAAACUACAUCAAGAUUUUCUAUAUGGAAUAUUAUUCCACUGUUAAGCCUGCAGCCAGAAUCGAUCAUAUUAAAAAUAAAAAUCUCACCAAAUAGUACAUUUUUAACAUGUUUGCAUUCAGAUGGUUCGAUAUCAUUGUGGGCACUACCCAAUUUAUUGUUACAAAAGAAAUGGAAAUUGUUUGACCAACCAGAUUUUAAUAUACCUAAUCCCCUGGGACAUGCAAAAUCAAAAAAAUUUCCACCAGGUGUGACAGAAUUUCACCCAUUAGACAUUGGUUGGUGGUCUGACCAGGCAAUUAUAAUUGCAAGAUACACUGGAUCUACUUCUGUAUGUUCUACAAAGAACUUAAAAAAUCUUCUGGGGACCAGUCCCGAAUUUUUAGCUGGACAACCCCAAAUAUGCGAACUUGGUCCAGAUAGAGGCUUCCUAUGCUUAGAUUGUGAAACAUUUACAACAAGUAAAAAACGAAAUAGAGAUUCUAAUCCUGAAGCGCAAAUAUUAGACGCCUCAUCGGAAAGCGAAGAGGAGCACGAUGAAUUAGAACCAAUUAGUAUAUUAAAUUACACCACGAAUGUAGUACAAAGUACUUUAUACUCUAUAACUGACAUCGAAAGAUUUCAACCCAAAAGAAAAAAGUCAAGAGUAUUGUUUAGAACAUAUAGAAUCCUUGGUCUUAAGAGUACAACACCUGAAGAACUUUAUUCGAGAAAAAUAGAUAUAGAGGAGUACGAAGAAGCAUUGGCCUUAGCCAAUACAUACAACUUAGACACGGAUCUUGUUUAUCAAACGCAAUGGCGAAAAUCCGAAUUAUCUUUGAAUGCCAUUCAAGAACAUCUGAGUAAAGUUUCUAAAAGAUCUUGGGUUCUACAUGAGUGUGUUACCCGCGUACCGGAUACUAUAGAGGCAGCAAGAGAAUUAUUAAAUUUUGGAUUAAAGGGUGCCAAUUUAGAAACUUUGAUAGCAAUUGGAACAUGCGAUAAUGGAAAAUUUGUAGUCGACGAUACCGAUGAAGAUUGGAGUGAAAUGGACGAAGAAAGUGUAAGUUUAAGACAGCUGCAAAAAACAAAUCAAUUGCUUGAAAAAAUUGACAUGAAAAAUUUAUCAGAAGCUCAGAGCAACUUGAUUAAAUACAGAAGAAAGCUUCUAGAUCAUUUGGAUAAAUUACUCACAUACGAAAUUAUUUUGGGAUCAUCAUCGAAAUAUAAUAAAAAUUUUUACGAGGAAUUUCGUCAACUUUCAGCAGUUGAGAAUGCGAUUAGAUUUGCCAAGAAUGGCGAUUGUCAAGAAGUUGAAAUUAUGUUCACGUAUUAUGGCGAAAGUUUACUACCUCAUUGGCUAGCAAUUAUUAGCUUUUUCCCAGAAACAUUAAAUCCAUUGAAAUAUAAAAAACUUCUACCGGAAUGCGAUACCGAUGGCCAAUUAUUUUUGCUCGAUCAACGUGAAUUACGGCAAAAGGAUUGGUCUGAGAAAACUGAGUUCAAUGAAAUAAUUAAUUUCAAAAGUGACGAUAAAUCAAAUCAACUAUACGAAUCCGACCCAUCGCUAUCCAUAUAUAAGGAUACCUUGCUUACUACAGAGUUACUUCAAAAAUGGUACAAAUCUCGAGCUUAUCAAAUCGAAAGAAACAGUUACUUAGUUGAUAAUGCUUUGCAAUUGAUAAAGAUUGCCAAAUCGCAUAACAUUAAUGGUUUAGAAAAUCUGUUGUUAGACUUAGAAACUUUAGAUGAUUUGAUUUACAAAGUUUAUGUAGAAGAUCUAUCUUUAGAUCAUUUACAAAAGUUAACUGAUUUAGAAAAAAUCAAACUGCUAAUGAGCAUGACUACUGAGAAGAGUUUCGUUGACGACAUCAAAAAUUUCGUACUACCAUUUAUUAAAAGAAGACACCAAUAUUUGGGUGGAGAAUUACAAAGACAUUUGUUCAGUGAUUAUUUAAUAUCCAUUAGUAAAGAAGACCUGACACUAUUGGUCAAACUUUUCGAAUACAUAAAACAAUCUCAAGAUAAUGAAAUUGUUCAAAUGAUAGAAGACAUUGCCAUUUUAGCGUUACAUUGUAUAUACGCUUGCAAUGAUCCUAAUAUGUAUGAGAAAGCAACGUGCAUUGUAAAUUCUAUUGCGAAAGAUCGCGAUGGAAAAAAGACCAGCGGAAUGUGCACUUUACUUGAAGAACUUGACAGAGAACUGGAGUGUACAAAAAUCUUAAACAAGUAUGGAGUUAAAACCACGUUAAAUGCGUUACGGGAAAAUAAAAGCAAUCCCGAAGCAGCUAAACAAUUAUUAAUUCAAAUGGCAAGAGGCUUGAAUAAAAUAAUUCCGCCUCCGGAUGAAAAACAGUGGGCUCAGUUAUUGAAUGAAAUGUUAGAAAUUCACAGUUUGGUUUUUACUUGCGUCGAUAUAGAAAUAUGUUUCGAGAUCUGCGUCUCGGCACGCUUAGUAUCAGGUGUUAAAUCCAACAUACAGAAUUGCGCUGGUUUAAUCGAAACGAAGAAAAAUGAACAAUCUUUGUUAAAAGUAUCGUACGAAAAGGCCGUGAACUUGAUCCUGGAGGCUAGUAAAGAAUAUUUUAAUAGUUCAAAAAGCCUCACCGAUUCUAACAUGGAAUUGGCUAGAGCUUGUCUUCAUCUAAUUGUAGACGAUAAUCCACAUAUCAAAGAAGAAUACGAUCUGAUCAAUUCGCUACAAAUUUUGAACGAGUUCAAUAUCAGUAUACUACCGCUCCAAGUCAGAUUAAUGCAAGACCGACUAAAAUUGAUAUCAGAUUGUUUAAAUAAACGCGAGGAUGGUCAUAAAAGUCGUCAACGUUUACUAACUCUAGCAACUUAUUUGCGAAUCGAAAAAAAUAAUAGCAAGGCGCGCGAAGGGAAAGUUUUAGAAUUAAUAGCGAAAAAGGCACUGGAGGUAAAAGAUUUUAAUGUUUGCGCUGCUACUUGUGAACAAUUAAUGCAGAAUAACUACAUUCCCGCGUGGACAGUUGCAUUAGACUUGGGAUACUGUGAAAACUACGAAGAUUUAAAAACUAGGCAAAAAUGUUUAUGGUUUGCUAUAAAUAAUGGGCCUAGCGAUAUAUUAGGCAAAGCACUUGAUCAGAUACAUCUUAUAGAAAUACAAAUUUUACAUAAAAAAUUAGAGCUGUGGAUACCCUCAACCGAGCCUAGCGAUCUUAACGAUGCCGAUAACGCAGAUAGCGAAGAUGAAUUCAUAGACGCGAUGACUACCCCACAAGUGGAAACAAAAGAAUUUGUUCCAAAAGUGUUAGAAGCGUCUACGGGAAUAGUAAAAAGUUCCGCAAGUAUUAUGAAAGAAUCAACAUUUGGUUUGAUUAAAAGUAUAAGCGACUCGAACUUUUGGAAGUCUAGAUUAAAACUUAACUUUACAAAUAGCCGAGAUAAUAGUAUAGAAUACGAUAAAGCAAGUCAAGAGGACAAUGGCGAUCUUCAAAGUUUUCCAUGUUUUUAUGAAUGUUUACAUAAACGACAUAGACUUAGUAAUCUCGACACUAAAUAUAUGAAUUAUUCAAUGCCGGAUAUACAGAAUACAAAGUUAAAAUGCUGUCGGACAUUUUUAAGAAUAGCUAUGUUGAGUGAGUCGUCUUGUUGCGGAUUAGAAGUUAGCGAUAUUAAUCACUUACUUCUAGAAUGUGCAAGAUAUACUAUGGAGGACGAUUGGUUAUUAGGAAUGUCAUAUUUAUUUAGUAUAGAAAAAAAUUCUAUAAUAGAAACGCAAAAUGUCUUAACAGAAUUUCCACAAACAGAAUUAUACACUCAAACUGCAUUGUAUUACUACUGUUUGGAGUUACAUAAAAGAUUAUAUAGAGAUUUUGAAAAUUUAUAUUUAUUUAAUCCGAUAAGUUUAAUAAGGAAAAUUAUAAAUGUAGCUCAUAAAAGUAGAAAUGCAGAUAUCUAUGAAAAUUUCAAAUAUUGGCAAACACGUUUACUUGCUGAUCAACAACUAGAAGGCACAACAUUUUUUGACACAAAUCAAAUAGCCGAAAAUUCUGUAACAACUAAAGAACUUGAACUUGAAACUGAGCCUAUUCAAAGUUCGACUUUACACCCUGGAAAAUCACAAAAGAAAACAAUGACAACUGAAAAAUCAUCUUCACAAAUUGAGGGGAAAAAUGAAAUCAAACUAGGCUUUUCUGAAUCAAGUGUUAAAGGCGAAGUAGAAUGGACUCAUGAUUGGGGCAACUUUUCUGACGAAGAUGUAGAGACUUUUGAGAGCAAAAAAGACAUUCCAAAACAUGAAUCAAGUAUAGACCAUAAUAUUCCUUUGACAAAGGAUAUUGGUGAAUGUGCAACAGAGAAAGAUCGUUUUGAAGCUUUCGAAAAAAUGUUCAAUAGAGUACAUAAUAUUGAUCAUUUUCAUGAAAUAAAGGAAAUAAUGUUACGAUGGCCAAAAUUCAAUGAUCCUGCAUACACUACUAUCGACAAACAUCCAGUUUUAAAAUUAAUGAAAUUAGUGAAUGUGUAUAUAACGGAAGAAGAUAAAAGCAAGCAUAACAAACAAAUUUUCCAGGAAUAUAGAAUGUUAAUAGAAGCAUUAUCUUCGUUGGAUAUGCUUAAGGAAUUUUUAAAUACCCAACAGAUCCCUCUUGAGCAUGCGAUCUAUAUUAGAUUAGAUAUGGAUGAUCUGAUACUUCAUAAAGAGGCUGUAAAUAUUCUCAAAGAAAGGCAUAAAGAUUUGAUACUAUCAGCUCCGAUAUUAGAGAUGUUAUUCUUAAAAAAUUUAACACCAUAUUUUGAUCCAAAUCACGAAGUAUAUAGUCGAAUUAUCGAACAUGUUCUUAUGAAUCGAUCUCUAACAAAUGUAAAAGAAAAUGCAGAAAUCCUUGUGAAGGAAUUAAAGAAACAAAAACAUAUAUCUCACGCCUUAUGCAUAAUUAAAUUGAUGGAGGAUAUUCCCCCAUCUUUGUGCACAUUCGACACUUGUUACGAAAUUCUAAUGAGAAAAUGAUUAUCCGUUCCUGUUUAUAAGAAAGCUGUGAUGCAAAUUAAAUAAGACUUUAAGCAUGCAAAUGAUUAUAAGUUGUACUUGAUUACGCUUCUAUUCUCCAAUCGCAAGAACCUCCUUUUAAGAUGACAAAAAUAUAUAUUAUGAACAUUUGUUACACGUUAUUUGUAAAUAUAAAUACGUUAUGUAUAUAAAAUCAAUCUUG